AUGGAGGAUGCUUCUGAUUCUACACAAGGGGUUGCUCCAUUAAUUAAUAAUGUAGCUCUCCCAGGCUCUCCGCCGUCUCUUCCUGUAUCAGUGACAGGCUGUAAAAGUCAUCGAGCAGCCAAUAAAAAGGUAGAAGCGAGAAGUGAAAAGCUCCUCCCAACAGCUCUUCCUCCUUCUGAGCCGAAAGUAGAUCAGAAACUUCCCAGGAGCUCCGAGAGGCGGGGAAGUGGCGGUGGGACGCGAUCCCCCGCGCGGAGCCAGGCCGUGGCAGCGAGACAAGCGGCGGCCGGCGGCGCGGCCGGCGAGAGGCGACCCCCCGGGAGGACAGAGCCUCCCCUCGCUACCCUUGUAGUUGAAAAGGUGGAGAGGUGGCAGUCGGCGUGCUCGCAGGUGAGGGGCUCCGUGUGGUCGCUCGCAAGCCGGCCGGCGCCGGCAGGGAAGUGUAAGCGAGCGGGGGAACAAAGCGGAGCGGCGCCGGGGUCCGCCCGCAGCGAGCUCCUCGCGGCGUCGGGCCGGCCGGCUGCGCGCCAAGCACGUUGCGAGCCCGGCGGCGGGCCGGGAGCCGGCGCUGGGGGAGGGGGCCGCCGCCGUCCCCGCACCGCCCGCCCGCGGCGGGGCGUGCGGCCCCAUUGUGAGCCGGCCGCCGGGCGUGCGGAGGUGGGGCGCGCUGGGAGGGCAGAGGCGGCGGCUCGGCUCGCUCAGUACCCCAGGAGCGGCCGGAGCGACCUCGGCCCGGGUGGCAGCCGCGGCGCGUCAGUCACACAAAAGGCAGUCGAGCUCCCCCCCGGCGCGCGGACCGGCCCACGCCGCCGCCGAGCGCUCCCCACCUUACCGGCUUUCCUUUCCCUCCAAUUUUGA